AUGCCAUCCUGGAAUGACGAGGAGAGCUCGGACGAGGACACCUGCAUGGUUUCAAUGGAUCCUCAGAUCUUUGAAACCCCUGGCAGUGUGGUGUAUCCAUCUUUCUGUGGUUCUUACACUGAAUCUUUGCCGACUUGCAUGAUGCAUCAUCAGAGGCCGAAGAAGAUGAUAGCUUUUGAAGGAGCCUUGACUGGGAGGCGAUAUCUGGGUUGUCCUGUGCAGCAGGAUGUAGGUGUCAACUGUGGGGUUGUGGAGUGGGUGGAUGGUCCUUGGCCAGAGAUUCUACAAAGGUGCCUAACAAGGAUUUGGGACAUGUACCAUGAGCAGAACUUGGGGAGGGUGAAGGACAAACAAGCCCAUGAGAAAGAGGUGGCCAAGCUAAAGAAGGAAAUUGAUUUCCUGUCAAACAACUAUAGCCAGUUGGUGGAAGAUGUAUCCAAGCUUUUUGACUAUCAAGAUGGCAAGAUGUCUCAUGACAUGGACUAUACCAGCCAGGCAAUCAAUGAACUAAAUAAGAUGAAGAAACAACUUGAGGAUCAGGCAAAGAUUGAGUUAAGUAUGGAAAAGCUGAAGCUUGCCAAGGAGCAAAGGUGCAUUCUUUAA